AUGAAAUUCGAUCUUUUACUCUCUAUUUUACUACUCGGCGCCUCAGCCGCCAAUGCCGUCGCCCUCCCAGAGCCCGACAUCGCGGAGUCGACCGGCAAAGAGCUCUGGAAGAGAAAGGGUGGCGGCGGAGGUGGUGCUCGAGGUGGCGGUGGCGGUGGUGGUAGGUCUGGCAGUUCAUCAUCUCGUGGUGGAAGUUCAUCAUCUGGAAGUUCCUCAUCUCGCGGCGGCAGCUCAUCAUCUAGUGGCUCAUCAUCCCGUGGUGGUUCCAGCAGUUCGUCUAGUUCCAGCAGGGGCGGUUCGAGUUCCAGCUCUAGCUCCAGCUCACGGCCCGGUAGUCCCGGCUUCGCCGGAUCCGGCGCUCCCAGGGCCUUUGCGGGUGGUCGAUUCUAUGGUGCUGGUGCCGCGACGCCUUACAAGGCAGGCACUAGGAGUCCAAGCGGGAUCGUCCCCCUCGCCUUGGUUGGUGCCGCAGCGCUAGCUUUCUGGCCUGGCGUCUGGCUCUGGGGCGCUUACCAGUACCACUACCCCAACCACUACCACUUCCAUAACGACACCGCGAACAACGAUGCGGACCUCCCCGUCAUUUGCGCCUGUGAUCCUUACAACCCGUGCGGUUGUGACGCGAACAACGACACCGCGUAUAUCCAGGAUCUCGUUGGAAACGGCGAUUACAAGAGCCUCAACCAGUCUUUGGUCACUGUCGCUGAGGUUGACGGCCAAAAGACCAUCUUGAUCAACGGUACCCUCCCGAAUGGCACCGAGGCUCCUGUACCCGCCGACGAAUCUGGCGCCAGAUCGGUGGUGAUAGAAGCUCUUGGCUUCUGGCCUAUGGCUGCCGCGGUUGUGGUAGCAGUCUUCAUGGCCUAA